CGUGCCGACGUUUUGUAUCCUCGCUUGCUGUGGCAGUUGCACUGUGACUGUGCAAGUUUGCUACUAUAAGUUAUUUUGGUCGUUAACGGAUUGUCACUUUGACUUUUGUCAUCGAAAAUUUUUGAAAACUCGUUAAUCGUCGAAGCUAUCGAUUACGAAAAUGCCUCAGUUUAAGGUCAAAGUCAAAUGGGGCAAGACGGUCUUCUCUGACGUCGAUGUCAACACGGACGAGGAAUUGAUGCUUUUUAAAGCUCAACUGUUUGCGUUAACCGGAGUUCAACCUGAAAGACAAAAAGUAAUGCUCAAAGGCAUCACUUUGAAAGAUGAGAAUUGGACCAGCUUACCGUUCAGAGAUGGUAUAGCAGUUCUUAUGAUGGGGUCAAAAGAAGAAGAUGUACCAACUGAACCUGCAGUAAAACCAAUAUUUAUAGAAGACAUGAAUGAAUCAGAACUAUCUACUGCAUUAGAUUUACCACCUGGUUUACGUAAUGUUGGUAACACAUGUUAUUUAAAUGCAACUGUUCAAUGUUUGAGAACAGUACCUGAAUUAACAGAAGCUCUUAAAAGAUAUAACAAUGGACAAGAGUCUACACCCUUCAAUUCAGCAUCACCUUACAAUCCAGCCGAAAGUAUUACAAAUGCUUUGAAAUAUUUAUGCGAAAGUAUGGAUGCAGGAGAAUCUAGAGCUCCUGUUGUUCUUAUCCAAGAAUUGCAUAAAGCUUUUCCUAGAUUUGCUGAAAAAACAGGAACAGGAUUUUGGCAACAACAAGAUGCCAAUGAAUGCUGGACUGAAUUAAUAAGGAUGUUACAACAAAAAUUGCCAGCAAAGGAAAAUCCAACAGCUCCUAAUGAUACUGCCAGUUAUAAACCUAGGUCUAUCAUUGAACAAUAUUUCGGUGGUACUUUUGAUACUGAAUUGAAAUGUGAUGAAUCUGAUGAAGAACCUCCUACGUGUAGGAAAGAAGAAUUUUUACAACUGAGUUGUUUCAUUACUACAGAGUGCAAGCAUAUGACUGCAGGUUUAAAGAACAAAAUGGUUGAAAAAAUUACAAAAUUAUCCCCAACUUUAGGAAAAGAUGCUCAAUACACCAAAACUUCCAAAAUUAGUAGAUUACCAGCAUAUCUGACUGUUCAAUUUGUGAGAUUCUGUUACAAAGAAAAGGAAGCAAUAAAUGCAAAAAUUUUGAAAGAUGUUAAGUUCACAUUAAGUUUUGAUGCUUUUGAACUGUGUUCAAAAGAACUACAGAACAAACUGACCCCCAUGAGAGAACGCUUUAGGAAAAUGGAAGAAGCUCAAUUACAAGAAGUGCAAUUGAAGGGCAAAAAGAAGAUGAAAGAUGAGAAAAAAAAAGAAACCAAAAAAGAACCUUUUUCAUUUCCUGAGGACUUGGGCUCUAACAACAGUGGUUACUAUGAACUACAAGCUGUAUUGACACAUCAAGGAAGGACAAGCAGCAGUGGUCAUUAUGUUGCUUGGGUUCGUCAGAAUGAAGAUGCUUGGUUGAAAUGCGACGAUGAAAAUAUCAGCGUUGUCACGAGUGAAGAUGUGCUCAAGCUGAGCGGUGGUGGUGACUGGCACUGUGCUUAUGUCCUACUUUAUGGACCACGAGUACUCGAAUUACCACUUACCACAGAAGAAACACCCAUGAUUACAGAAGAAGUUGUAUCAGAAACAAUUCGGGAUUAAUUGUAUUUUUGAACAUCAGUGAUGAAGAGAUAUUGUGAAAAAUUUGACACUGAUACAGGAAUCAACAAAUUUCUUACUUUGUUAUAUACUUGAUAAAUCGCGAAAACUUACAUGAAGCUAUUGCUAAUUAAUUGAAUUUUAUAGGUAUAAGAAAAAUUUUAACGUUGUGUUUUCUAAUAUAAUACACUUAUGAAUGAUAGUUUUUAUAAAAACUAAUUGGCGUCGAACCAAAAUGUCUAAAUCUCAUGCAUCUUCUCUGUGGGAUAAGAAAGAUUCCUAUCUUCUCUUUUCUUUUCUUGUCUAAGGAGUAAUUUUAAACAUUUUUUUAAAAUUAAUGCACAUCUUGUAUUAAAUACUUUAAAAUCAAAAAGUACCAUUACGUUGCGUUGAUUUAAAAUAAAACUGCGCACCAUGUUGCGUCAAUUUAGAUUGCCCAUAAGAAAGUGCGCAAAACACAAUGAAAUUUAAUUUAAGAUUGCAUUUAAUUAAUUUUAACUGAUCUGUAAAUUCAAAAAAAAAAACAAAACAUUUCUAAUAUAUAACGAGUAGUUUAAAAGCUA